GACUCUAAUUCUGUAAUAUAUCAAGGAAUCUCGUAAAACCGACACUAAAACGUCCCUGCCUACAAAUCAUCCGGCCAAAUUAUGAGUUCAUUGUAUUAUGCGAAUGCUUUAUUUUCUAAAUAUCCAGCCGCAAGUUCGGUUUUCGCUACUGGAGCCUUCCCCGAACAAACUUCUUGUGCGUUUGCUUCCAACCCCCAGCGCCCGGGCUAUGGAGCGGCUUCGGGCGCUUCCUUCGCCGCCUCGAUGCAGGGCUUGUACCCUGGCGGGGGGGGCAUGGCGGGCCAGAGCGCGGCCGGCGUCUACGCGGCCGGCUACGGGCUCGAACCGAGUUCCUUCAACAUGCACUGCGCGCCUUUUGAGCAGAACCUCUCCGGGGUGUGUCCCGGAGACUCCGCCAAGGCGGCGGGCGCCAAGGAGCAGAGGGACUCGGACUUGGCGGCCGAGAGUAACUUCCGGAUCUACCCCUGGAUGCGAAGCUCAGGGACCGACCGCAAGAGAGGCCGCCAGACCUACACCCGCUAUCAGACCCUGGAGCUGGAGAAGGAGUUCCACUACAACCGCUACCUGACGCGACGGCGGCGCAUCGAGAUCGCGCACGCGCUCUGCCUCACCGAAAGACAGAUCAAGAUUUGGUUCCAGAACCGGCGAAUGAAGUGGAAAAAGGAGAACAAGGCCGCCAGUCCCGGAGCCACCGGCCAAGACAAGGCUGAGGCGGAGGAGGAAGAGGAAGAGUGAGGGACAGAGAAAGGGCAGGUGAAGGGAGAAAGUCGAGAGAGGGAGAAACCCAGCUCUGGGAACUGAACCAGGAAACUCUAAUGAGAGGGGAAAACCCUAUUUAAGAGGAAAGCAGUUAAAAAAAAAAAAAAAACAGAGGACAGGGAAAGAGGAAAUUUUGGUUUCUUAACACUGAAAAAAAAAUACUACCUAUAGGAAAGUCCCGUUGGGUUUGUUUUUGUACAACAUGCAAAGGACAUUAUCUACCUGUUCUGUAGCUUUUUGGAAUUUGCCUCCCUUUUCUAUGUGUCUAUUGUAAGGUCUUUGUAAAAUCUUGCUGUUUUUGUAAGCCCCCUUUGACACUGUAUUUGUGGAUUGUGGCUCUGGACUAACGUGUGUGGUUCUUUGCCUUCCCAGUAGCAGCCGAAGGGCCUUAGCGAGCCCCAAGGACAGAACGAGUAGCUCGCACGUCCCCGCUGUGUGCCUGCCCAGUGUUCCUGCUCUUGGCAGCCCCUGUGCUCCUCUUUAUGUUCUCUGUGUAUCUGAAGGAUAGAAAAAUAAAACAUAAUUAAAAAUAAACAGGCGCCUUAUUUUGUGUCUCUCUAA